UGCAUUUAUCUGGUAGUUGUUAAUGUACACGCAGACUGGGAGGGGUGGCCUUGUGUGCAAAUGAGGUCUGAAUCCUUCCUGCCUGUUUGCUCAGACUUGUGCUGUAACUCUCAAUAGCCUGGUAUACAAAUUAUAUCCUGUAUCUGUUAAGCAAUGUUAAAGAGUUUGUUAUAAAACAACAUUUGUGGAGGUAAGACCUUUCAAUUACAGAAAGUUUGAAUUGUCAUCUGAGAAGUACGAAUAUGGCUGAGCACAGUGCACAACCACAAGGCUCCAGUAAGAUGAAUCAAGUACAGGAGCAGGUCAAUGAUGUCAAAGUUAUCCUCAAAGACAACAUAAACAAAGUGUUGGAGAGGGGAGAGAAGCUAGAUGACCUAAUUGGGAAAACAGAUGAUCUGCAGGCAACUGCUGACUCAUUUCAAAGGACAUCUGCACGUGUUUCCAGAAAGUAUUGGUGGAAAAAUAUCAAAAUGAUGAUUAUAAUCGGAGUGAUUUUGUUCUUCGUUGUUUUGCUUAUCAUUCUUUUGGCAACUGGAGUCAUUCCCUCAUAAUAAACAACAUACACUUCUUUCCUGUAUCAAAUGUAAUUAAGUGGAAGUUGGGUUAUCACCUGUAUUUAUGCUGUUUUUGUCUGUUAUCUGUACUUUGGGAGACAACACAUUCAGAAAAAUGUCAUGUAAAUAGAAUGGAAAAUGUUUACUGUGUAAAAAUGUACAUUAUCAGAUCUAUAGUAAACUGAACCACUAAGGUUGAUUAGCUUGAGAUUAUAAAUGAACAUUUAAUUCUUAGAGUUUACAAGACUGAAUAUCACUAGUUUAAAUCAAGCUUCCUCUGGACUUUGAAACCAUAUAGUGGUUGUAGUUUAUAUAACAAAAUGAAUACAUUUUUCUGAAGGGUAAAGAUAGAGGCGGAAGUAUGUUUAUGAUUGUGUUUAGUAUUUUGGACUCCAUGUAUCCCAUUUAUGGUCCAACCUUUUUUCUUUUAUGGUAAUUCUUUGUUAAUUGUAAUGGUAUUGUUUUAUAUUUCAUAGUAUUCUGUUAAUUAUUUAGAUCUUCGUUUCUGCAUCUAACACUGAACUUUCUACAGAAAAUGAACUGUAUAAUCUUGAUGAUCUCACAUGAUGUGCUAAUUAGCAUGUAAAUACUGAACACUGUACAAAUCAGCCUGCAUAAUAAAGAGACUCUGUGGCAUGCAUGUAA